AUUUUUAUUUUUGGGCUCAUGGGGAUUUAGAGRGGUGACGGGCUUCCAGGAGCCGGAGCCUCCACACAGACAUGGGACUCUGUGCAUUUAUGGUUACAUGAAUGUCAGUGCUGCAGGCCAGAUGCCAGUGAUGGAGGAGCUUGUCAGUAAGAGUGACAGCAUGCCAAAGCGGAUGGCCCUGAUCUGCUUCCUGUCUCUGGUCAUGCUGAUGAGCAUCCUGGGAAACCUGCUGGUCAUGGUGGCCGUCUGCAAAGACAGACAACUCAGGAAGAUCAAGACCAACUACUUCAUCGUGUCCUUGGCRUUUGCCGACCUGCUGGUGUCGGUGCUGGUGAUGCCGUUCGGUGCCAUCGAGCUGGUGGACCAGRAGUGGAUCUACGGGGAGACGUUCUGUCUGGUUCGGACGUCGCUGGAUGUUCUCCUGACCACAGCUUCUAUCCUGCACCUGUGCUGCAUCGCUCUGGACAGGUACUACGCUAUCUGCUGCCAGCCUUUAGUCUACCGCAACAAAAUGACUCCAAUGCGAGUAGCUUUGAUGAUUGGGGGCUGCUGGAUUAUUCCCACCUUCAUCUCCUUUCUGCCCAUCAUGCAGGGCUGGAACAGCAUCGGCAUUGACCAGUGGAUUGAGGAAAGACGGCGAAGCAGCAACUCCACCUCCUGUGUCUUCAUGGUCAACAAGCCAUACGCCCUCACCUGCUCUGUGGUGGCCUUUUACAUCCCCCUGGUCCUCAUGGUGCUGGCCUACCAGAGGAUCUACAUCACGGCCCGAGCGCACGCCCUGCAGAUCAGCAUGCUGCAGCGGGCCGGUGGCGCCGGAGCCAGCACGCCCGGCACUUCCGGCGCAGGAGUGGGUGCAGACUCUGCUGACCAUCAGCGCAACCACCGCAUGCGGACGGAGACGAAGGCGGCAAAGACUCUAUGCAUCAUUAUGGGAUGUUUCUGCCUCUGUUGGGCGCCGUUCUUCGUCACCAACGUGGUGGACCCGUUUAUAGAUUACUCAGUGCCCGAACAGCUGUGGACAGCCUGCCUGUGGCUGGGUUACAUAAACUCCAUGCUGAACCCCAUCCUCUACGCCUUCCUCAACAAAUCCUUCCGCCGUGCCUUCCUCAUCAUCCUGUGCUGUGGGAGGAAGAGGUACCGCAGGCCGUCCAUCAUGGUACCGAGUACUACCUGUACGGCCACUCAGAUCAACGGUUCAACACACGUACUCAAGUAUUCUGUCCUUCACAACGGGAACCACAAAGAGCAGGAGAAGAAGCCUCUGCACACAAACAUCGGCUCCCACGAGUCCUGCUUGUGACGAACAGCGACUCCACGGUCACCCCCGCCCWUCGAAACUCACACCGUCAUCACGGAGACGCAGGAGCCACUGCGGCCUUCGGGGAUCUGAUCCGAGCAAACAGGAGUCGCUUCAGAGAUCAGGACGAUGAUGAGRCGUUGGGUUAUUUUUUUUAAAACUCAAACAGAACCGGCGCUUCCUGCCUCUCUCACGCCAGUUUCUGUCGUCUCAGUUUUCCACAGACGGGCCUGCAGAGACAGAACCGGCCCGGUCCGAACUCAGCACUCAUCCCGUGUUGUGAAGAACUGGCAGCAGCGGUGUGGUUUGGAGAACGUGAUUACUGACUGAUUUAUCCAGUUGAAAUAUGUUGCCAAAGUGAUUUUCAUACAUAUAAAGCGGACCUGACUGAUUAUUUUACAAACCUUUUGUUUCGUUGUUUUUCAUCAGAAAAACCUGCAGAUUUCAGAGGGCUGUUCCUUGUAAACUGAACACAAGUUGGCAGCGAUGAUUUUCUAAAACAAGUGUUAUGUUUUGUGAAGAAGAGAGUCGAACAAAAUGUUUUUUUUUAUUAUUAUUUUUUGCUAAACACCACAUUCAAACAUUCCUGUGUCCUGCAGAGGAAAAGGCUCGUCUCUCCGGUCAGCUCCAUCAAAUCCUCCCGACAGAGACGAAGAAGAACAGGGCGGCAAGGCUGCGUUAAAUCCUUGACCUGGACUGUCCAAGUGCAUUAUCGCAGCUCGGCCUGCGCUGGUCCGGCCCCGGGCCCCGGGCCCCGGCUGAAUGAUUGUUUUAAGUUCAGCAGCAAAAAUAGAAAAACAUUUAAAGAGGAGCACAACACCUGAGAGCUGCUGGUGAAUAAUUCAACAGAUUUUCUGAUGAUGUUCGGCCGAUGUGUGCUUGUUGGGUCUGCCUGAUUCUUUUUCAAGUUUUAUUUGCUAUUUGAGCACAUUUGUUUGUGUGUGUGUGUGUGUGUGUGUGUGUGUGUGUGUGUGU